CUCACACAGGAAACUACAUUUCCACGUGGUUUUUAAUCUUUAUUAUCGAAAUGGCGGAAAACGGAGAAUAUUCCAAAAAGAAGAAGAGAAAAUCUGGUGAUCUCGGUGAGAUACAGCAAUCGGAAAACUUUCAGAUCCAGCCUUCAGACAGUGUCAAGAGUUUGGAUACAUCACAAUGGCCGCUGUUGCUCAAGAACUUUGACAAACUGAAUAUCCGAACACAGCACUACACGCCAAUCCCAUGCGGUUGUUCCCCUUUGAAGAGACCCAUUCAAGAUUACAUCAGGAGUGGUUUUCUGAACCUUGACAAACCUGCAAACCCGUCAUCUCAUGAAGUGGUUGCGUGGGUGAAGCGGAUCCUGCGUGUUGAGAAGACGGGACACAGUGGGACGCUUGACCCCAAGGUGACGGGCUGUCUCAUUGUGUGCAUUCAGCGGGCCACACGCUUGGUCAAGUCGCAACAAAAUGCUGGGAAGGAGUACGUGUGCAUUUUCCGCUUACACAGCGUCGUGGACGAUGAGCGGAGAGUCAAACAGCAACUGGAGAACAUGACGGGUGCAUUGUUUCAGCGGCCACCCUUAAUUUCUGCAGUCAAGCGUCAGCUGCGCAUCCGCACUGUGUACGAGUGUAAGAUGCUCGAGUACGACAAGGAGAGGGCAAUGGGGAUAUUCUGGGCGAGUUGCGAGGCCGGCACAUACAUCAGGACAAUGUGCGUUCACCUGGGACUCUUCCUCGGAGUCGGAGGUCAGAUGCAGGAACUACGUCGGGUCAGAUCGGGAAUUCAGUCAGAAAAGGAAGGACUGGUGACGAUGCAUGACGUGAUGGAUGCACAGUGGGUGUAUGACACCCAGAAAGAUGAGUCGUACCUGCGUCGCGUCAUCCGACCCCUCGAGGCUCUGCUCACAUCUCACAAACGAAUCAUCAUGAAAGACACGGCUGUAAAUGCUAUAUGUUACGGUGCUAAGAUCAUGCUGCCGGGCGUGUUACGGUAUGAAGAUGGAAUUGAAGUAGAUGAAGAGAUCGUCAUAAUUACAACCAAGGGAGAAGCUAUUGCUCUUGCUAUUGGUCAGAUGACGACGGCGGUGAUGUCGUCGUGUGAUCACGGGGUGGUUGCCAAGAUCAAGCGAGUGAUCAUGGAGCGUGACACGUACCCCAGGAAGUGGUGUCUCGGACCAGUCGCAUCACUGAAGAAAAAGAUGAUAAAAGAUGGUCUUUUAGAUGACCAUGGUAAGCCGAACGACAAAACUCCCACAGACUGGAAGAAGUCGUACUUAGAUUUCAAUGUAAAGAAACCGACCGAGUCUGGUGAUGGAGUAGCUAUAAAACAAGAACCACAAACACCUAAAAGGAAACACGAGACAAGUUCCAGUAGUUCUGAUGAUUCGUCAGCUGUUGCCGUCACGCCAUCAACAGACAAAAAGAAAAAGAAGAAGAAGAGAAAGGAAGAAGAAGACAAAUCUGCAGUGGUUAAAACAGAAAACAGUGAUAGUUCUGAUGAAUCAACGGAAAAAAAGAAGAAGAAGAAGAAGAAAAAGAAGGAAGAGAAAGAAGACGUUUCUGCUAUGGAAAUGGGUUCGGAAAAGAAGAAGAAGAAAAAGAAGAAGCACAAGAAAGAAACAGACAGUGAUUAAGAGAAAGUAAUAAACUGAAACAAACUGAACUGAAUGAAUGACUGAAAUUCCUGACCUCUUAACACAUAAACACUGGCUGCAUGUAGGGGUCAACGGUAUUUGAUCCAGGCUUAGUGACUGAAAACAUGUUACAUAAAUGUUUUUAUAUUAUUUUACUAAGCUUCUGUUCAGCGGUUGGAGAAUAUUGGUUGGAUCAGAUGUCUGCUUCAGAAGAAGCUUUACAUGCAGUUUCAUUCAUAAAUAAAUGGAUGGUGUGAAUGGCCCUUUAUGUCCAAAAACACUUUUAUUUCAUUUCUCCGUCAUGUGUGUUUCCAUAUGUCUUGAAGACUUGAGUACAGGGUUAAGGUUGCAGGGCUCAAAAUAGGAAAUAAAAUAUGGCCUGCUAUUACCGUAUUAUUAUUUUUAAAUAGCAGGCGAACAGAACUAUGUCCUGCUAAAAAACAUAUGAGCUGCUGGAAAUAUGACAACAUGGAAUGUGAGCAAGUUUUGAUUUAGUAUGUGAAAAUGAGGUUCUCUAAAGGUAUAUUUGAGGACAUUAUGGAAUUAAAAUGUGGUUCACAAGCUGAAUAACAGAUGACACAAUCGUACAUACAUCCGUCUCUUGAAACGUUGCCUCUGAUACUUUAGUAGUUUUAGCAGGUGAAUUUAUUGCACCUGUUAGGUCUAAAAAAAAAACUGACUUCUUUUUGCAGGUUGCUGUUUCGAACUCUGAGUUUCCAUCAGUAGAACAGUUUUAAUAUUUAAGCCUUUAGAAUGGAAUAUCUAUGUCUGUUACAUACCUAGGAUGUGUUAAAAUGUAUAAUUUUCA